AUGAAAAUGCUCCUUCAAGUUCUCCAACUUGCUUCCAUGUGCACUGUUGUGUAUGGCCAUGGAUAUCUCAGCAAGCCCAUGAGUCGCACUGGACUCAAUGCCCAGGCCGGCCCAGAUACCUGCCCUGAGUGCACCAUUUUGGAACCAGUCACCGCAUGGCCAAACUUGGAUGAGGCCAAAGUCGGAAGAACUGGUCCGUGUGGUUACAAUGCUCGAGUCAGCGUCGACUACAACCAGCCAGGCGCGAACUGGGGCAAGAAGCCGGUGGCGACAUACUCUCCUGGUCAAGUUGUUGAUGUGCAGUGGUGCGUCGACAACAAUGGCGACCAUGGAGGCAUGUUUGCCUAUCGAAUUUGCCAAGACCAGGACAUCGUCGACAAGUUUCUCGAUGCCAGCUAUAUCCCUACUCAAGCGGAGAAGCAGGCAGCCGAGGAUUGUUUCGAGAAAGGAGUUCUUCCCUGCACUGACGUCGACGGCCAGACUUGUGGAUAUAGUCCCGAUUGUUCGGCUGACCAACCUUGCCAUCGCAACGAUUGGUUCACCUGCAAGUCUUUCCAAGGAAACGACGAUGGAAAGGGCUGUCGCGGUGUUGAUAACUCACCUAUCAACUCAUGCUACACUUCCAUUGCUGGUGGCUAUACUGUGUCUGCCAAGAUCAAGAUCCCAGAAUAUGUUUCGAACCACACUCUUUUGUCUUUCAAGUGGAACUCUUUCCAGACUCCUCAGGUCUAUCUGACUUGUGCUGAUAUCGCCAUAUCGUCUUGA